UGCAGCGAGAAAGAACAAACCUGGUGGCUCCGUGAACGUAACUAGUAACUUGUAGUGAAAUAACACGUGUUACGAUACAGUAAUUAUAAACAUUGAAAAAUUAUCAACGCAGGCAUUAUCAAAGUUGUAUUUCGAGAUGUGUCUGUAAAAUAUAGAAAUAUUGUAAUAAUAGAAACAUGAGUUCUCAAAGGGGAAAUACUAGUCGUUCAAGACCUCAAAAGCAUAAAAAUCAUACAGUCUUCAAGAAUAACUUGCACGACAGUUCGCAGAAAACGAAGUUUAUUAACAACCUUCAGAUUGUCAACGUGUGCGAGCGCUGCAAAAGUAUAAUAGAAUGGAAGAUCAAGUACAAAAAAUACAAAACCCUCAAAGCUCCAGCGAAGUGCACAAAGUGUGAACAGAAAACCGUGAAGCAUGCCUACCAUAAUAUCUGUCUGCCUUGCGCCAAGCAGAGAGAAGUUUGCCCAAAAUGUGGCAAGAAGGAGGAGAUUGUGGAAGGAAGACCCAACAAGGAAGAGCAGAUUAAAUUAGAUGCUGAACUCAGAACAAUUCUGAAAACAAUGUCAGAAAGGAAACGAAGGACAUUCUUACGUUACGUGAAUCAAAAGUCGGAGAAGAAUAGCAAUAAACAAAAUACUUCUGGAUUGAACACAGAUGCAAGUGAAACUAAUUGCCAAGACACAAGCGAGAAUGUAACAGGUCCUAGAAGUAGAGAAGAUUUAUUGCUAAAAUUAAAGUUAUUAGCUGUCACAAAAGAAAAUGAUAGCUUUGAUAGUGAUUUCGAUCAAUUCGAUGACGAAACGGACGAUGAUAACUCUAAUAGCGAUAUGGAUGAUAUAUUAUGUGAUGGAAAAACUUUAAAUAAAAAAAAUUCUUGAUUGUAAUAC